AUUUUAAAUGAUUAUUCGAAUUAUUUUUAACUAUCUGUUAACUAAAUGUAGUUUAUAAUUGAUAAGUGAUUCGAAAAGUUCAUGAUCGAAGGGAAAUUUCGAAGUAAAUAACCCAAUUUGAAAUGUCCUUAAAAAAUUUUUAAUUAAAAUAAAAGUAUGGAAACUCCAAAUCCAUCUGGUGAAAGUGAAAAAGCACCGGUAGAAUCUAAUGAUUUAGAUGGAAAUAAUGUAGAUAUGCAAAUUAAUAGCGAAACAAAUCAAUCAUCCACAGUACAAGAAACCGAAGCCGGUAACGUUAAAAUAGAAAAACCGAAUAGUAAUGAAAAUACCAGUGAUAAAAUGGAUACAUCUAUAGAGAACAAAAGUGCUGAGCCGAUGGAUAUCGAUUUAACAUUGGACGAUGAAGAAACUGCAGCAGAAUCGGCAAAUAAGAAAAAAAAAAAAGUUGAAAAUAAGAAAAAUACGAAUGUAAUUGAUUUGGAUGACAGUGAUAGUGAUAGUGCACUCACAAUAAUACCCACAAUACCAAGGAAAAAAACGUCUUGUAUUAAUCCAGAUUGUUUAGGCCAUAAUGAGAAUUUAUUGAAAGCGUCUGGAUAUUGUCUCAGUUUUUACAAAGUUAAAUUAAAUACUAAACGAACACAGGUGAUUUGUAAAGAUUGUCGUGAUCAAGCUUUAAAUAAUUUCCAAGCAAUGACUGAUUUAGCUGUAAAUAAUGAACCAAUUUUUAACCAUAAAUUACCGAUACAAAGUGAUUGUGUAGAAAUUAACGAUUCGAGUUCAGAGGAUGAAUACGAUCCGGAAAGUUUAUUAGAUUUGUCUAGUAAAGAUCUGAAAGUAUUAAAAUUAGAAAUAAGCCAAACAGUUGAAGAAAUCUUUGAGAAAUUUAAAAUUAAGGAUCAAAUACAAAAUAAUGUUGGAAUUUUAACACAAGAAUUUGAGACAAUUUCAGAUGGUACGGACGAUUUAAAUAAAAUUUUCAACGAUUUGCAAGCUAAAAUUGAUAAUGCACGAAAUUAUAUUUAUGAAAAUAAACCAGCUUGCCAGGAAAUUCAAGGCAUUGAUAUUGAUGUUGAUGGAGUUGUACAACUUAGGAGCAAAGUUGCUGAACGACGGAGUAGCAGAAAGAUUCAAAAACCGUCUACCUACGAUGAAACCGAAUUUAGUACAGCGACUCCACCAUCGGAUGUUAUGGUACCACCAAAAGCUCCACCACCAAAAACAACAUUUAUUCCCAAAUUUGGCACACUUACUAAAGAAGCGCCAGAAAUUAAUGGUCAAUAUUAUGCAAUGAAAUCAGCAGCAUUUGGAGCAUGGCAAUUAUGUCGUCUUUUAGAAAUAUUCCCAGCUGGAAUGAUUGUAAGUAACAGUGGAUUAAUGAUUAUUAAUGACAAACCAAGUAAUAAAGUAACCUACCGUGUCAGUUUCGAGAACAUACAUCGACGUACAACAAAAAAUAUGAUAAAAUUAAUAACAGGCAAACAAUUGGCAUAUUCCACAUACGCAGAUGUUCGUUUACCAAUUGGUAGUCGAGUCAUUGCACUGUUUAGUGAAAAUGAAAAUCCAAAAGCACAAAGCAAUUAUUAUGCAGGUAUUGUGGCCGAACCAUUAUCAAAUACAAAUCGUUUUCGUUAUUUAAUAUUUUUCGAUGAUGGUUACGCUCAAUAUGUACGUCAUGAGAAUUGUUUUCCAAUUGUGGAUGUUAGUCCAAAUGUUUGGGAAGAUAUUUCAUUGGAAACACGUAAUUAUAUUCAACAAUAUUUAAAGGAGUAUCCAGAUCGUCCAAUGGUUCGAUUAGUUCAAGGACAAGUACUUAAAACGGAACGAAAUGGAAAAUGGUGGUCAGCUAGAGUAAUUGAAGUAGAUGGCUCUUUGGUUAAAAUGAGUUUCGAAGGUGAUAAUCGCAAAGAAUGGAUUUAUAGGGGAUCACGUCGAUUAGCUCCAUUAUUCUACAAUAAUAAUCAAGCGAUUUUAGCGCGACAGAAUAAAGGCUUUACAACUCCACAACGGAAAAUUCCUUCGUCCAUGUUCAAAAGGCCUAACGAACCGUAUGUGGAAUAUACUAGGACAAUCGAAGAUGAAGACACAACAGACGUAUCAAUGAAUACUAUCAGUAAUAGUAAUAAUAUAGCUCGAGCAGUUGCACGUAAAAGUACAAGUUUACCUGCAAAUGUUGCCACAAAAAGUACCACACAUACUGGUGGUACUAAUUCUCUACCUAUUGUACCAUUCUUACCCACUGCUAAAGUACCGGGUAAUAGUCGUGUAAUUUAUUAUACAACAAGAACUGGUAAAUUACCUGGUUUGUAUAAACAUCAUCAAUGUGGACCAAGUUGUCGAGCAAAAUCACAACGUACACUAGCUGAGCUAAGAGAUUAUAGUAUAUUAGCUAAACCGAUUUUAGCUGGUUGGUUUAGGGAAACUGUUCGAUUUGGUAAAAACAAACGUGAAGUACGUUAUAUAACGCCAUGCUCACGUAUUGUGCGUAACAUGCAAGAAUUACAUCGUUAUUUACGAAUUACACAAAGUGAAAUGUCUGUGGAUAUGUUUGAUUUUAAUUGUGGCAUACAUGUACUCACCUUAUAUCAAAUUGAAAAGUCUAUCGUUGAGAAAAAGGAUCUCUCAAACGGUAUUGAAUACACACCAAUAUCAGUUGUAAAUGAUAUUGACGAUACAUUCCCUGAAUAUAUGCGUUACUCAAAUGUACGCGAACCCACCAAAGGAGUCAAUUUAAAUUUGAAUGAAGAAUUUUUAUGUGGUUGUGAUUGUACCGAUGAUUGUCAAGAUAAAACCAAAUGUGCAUGUUGGCAAUUGACUAUACAAGGUACCAAAGUUGGUAAAAAUGCCUCACCGGAUAUGUCAACUGGUUAUGUAUAUAAACGAUUAUUGGAUCCAGUUGUUACAGGAAUUUAUGAAUGUAAUUCAAGGUGUAAAUGUAAUGUAAAUACAUGCUUAAAUCGUGUUGUUCAACAUCCCCUACAAUUAAAACUGCAAAUAUUUAAAACGCCGAAUCGUGGUUGGGGUAUUCGAUGCUUACACGAUGUACCACGUGGAUCAUUUAUAUGUAUUUAUGCUGGGCAGCUACUUACCGAACAAACUGCUAAUGAGGGUGGAAUCAAUUUUGGUGAUGAAUAUUUAGCUGAACUUGAUUAUAUUGAAGUGGUUGAACGAUUAAAAGAAGGCUAUGAAUCGGAUGUCGUUGAAGAUGAUAUUGAUAUGCAUGACGAAGAUAGAAAAGAUGACGACGACGAAGAGUAUAAUCCAUUAGCAAAUCCUGAUGAUCGUGACUAUUUACCACACAUAAAAGGUGGAAAAUUAGCAUCAGAAGGAGUCAUUGGAACACGUCGUUCGAAACGUCGAAGUACACUAUUGAUGGAUGGAUUAAUGGAUUCAGAAAAUACCAAUCAAAGUACUGAUUCGGAUAAAUCGAAUAAGAAAGCGGAUGAUAAAAUGUCAGAAAGUGGUAGCACAAAAUCCGGACAAAAUGAAGAUGAUAAUAAGAAAAAAGAUAGUGCAAAUAAUUCUGGUGAAGAUGAAAGUAUUACGAUUAGCGAUGAUGAAGAUACUACGCGAGAAAAAUCAAGUUUUAUUCCAACGGCAUCUAUUGAUAACGAUGCAGAUGAAUAUGUUCCCAAAUAUAAAUCUGUGCGAAAAAUGUUUGGUCCAGAUGAAUCAUGCUAUAUUAUGGAUGCAAAAUGUGCUGGAAAUAUUGGUAGAUUUUUAAAUCAUUCAUGCAGUCCAAACGUAUUCGUACAAAAUGUAUUUGUGGAUACACAUGAUUUACGUUUUCCAUGGGUCGCCUUCUUUGCAAUGUCACACGUGAGAGCUGGCGUGGAAUUAACAUGGAAUUACAAUUAUGAUGUUGGUAGUGUACCAGGUAAAGUGAUGUAUUGUCAUUGUGGCAGUGAAGAGUGUCGUGGAAGACUUCUAUAAAUUUAUAUAAUUUACUUAUUUUAUUAUUUAAAAAAUUUGUUCCCUAGCUUAAUCAUUGUAAUAUUUUUCACUCUCAUUUCAAUAAACUUGACAUCAUGAAUAAUGAAAUUUUCAAGUUUCACUUCCUAACAGGCUCGUGCUCAAGAAUUAUUAAAGGGGAGGGGGUUAAACUUUUUUCCAUUAUGGUAGGUCAUAAAAUCAUAAGUUAAUUCUACGAGGUACUGAAAAUAACUUUUCAAAAAAGUGCGCGCAAUGUUUA